AUGACCUUGAGAGUUUUCAAGCCUUACCCCCUUCCUCGAACACUCGACAUACCCUUGAGGAUUCUCAAUUCUAAUCUCAAUUUGCUUUGCUCUCCGGCUUUCGGGCCUCCACCAAGAGGUCCACCCAUAGCAGUCGCUCAGUGUUCUCAUAUGAAUACCGAAUACACAGGGGGCGAGCCGUCAAUCAACGGCACCGGACCGGACCGCCGAUGCAGACUUCACCCCGCACCACGAUGCCCAUACACUGUAACACUUUUCUGCAUGAAAAUCAACGGUCUAUGCAAUAUAAUUCUACCUGACAUGCUAAAAUGUCUUUACGUAGACGACUUCAUGAUUGCAUAUAAAAACAAAAAUAUAGAAAAUAUUGAAAAUGACGUAGACAAUCGCCUUUCAUCCGUUCCUACUUUGUCAUCGUCUUCAUCUUCGUCUUCAUCCCUGCACUCAGUUAGAGAGGCCUCUAAAUUAGAAGAUGACGUCAGCAAACCAGUUGAAGAAUACGAUCAGUCACCUUGCCAUGUCAAAGUUUUCAGCAAUGAUGUACGAGCUUCAAGUGGUUCAUUCACCAGCAAUUUCAACAGCACGACCAAAAGCAACCAAAUAUCAACUACGAAGCUAAUCAACAACAGCAUCCAAACUCACAACUGCUGCAACAUCAGCAACAACUACUGCAUUAUCAAUAUUAUCAGCAUCCCUCCCGAAAACAACAACUUUCACGAAAUCCAAACGAGAGCUCGUUCCAUGCUCCACUUAAUAUCUCAUCUGCAAAAACAAUCCCGCAUUGCAAAUAUACAUUCUACAGUCAGCCACAUCAAAGGGUUGUUGUCACGUUUGAUGAAGUGA